AUGGCAACUAUGGUUCCACCAGUGAAACUGAAAUGGCUUGAACACCUGAACAGCUCCUGGAUUACAGAGGAUAGUGAAUCUAUUGCUACAAGAGAGGGAGUUGCUGUUCUGUAUUCUAAACUGGUCAGCAAUAAAGAAGUAGUACCUUUGCCCCAACAAGUUUUGUGCCUCAAAGGACCACAGUUGCCAGACUUUGAACGUGAGUCUCUUUCAAGUGAUGAGCAGGACCACUAUUUGGAUGCCCUUCUUAGCAGCCAGCUAGCACUAGCGAAGAUGGUAUGUUCAGAUUCCCCAUUUGCUGGGGCACUUCGAAAACGACUGCUUGUACUCCAGCGUGUCUUUUAUGCACUUUCUAAUAAAUACCAUGACAAAGGCAAAGUGAAACAGCAGCAGCAUUCUCCGGAGAGCAGCUCUGGUUCAGCAGAUGUCCAUUCUGUUAGUGAACGUCCCCGGUCAAGCACUGAUGCACUUAUAGAAAUGGGUGUUCGAACUGGUCUAAGUUUAUUAUUUGCACUUCUAAGACAAAGUUGGAUGAUGCCUGUGUCAGGACCUGGUCUUAGUCUUUGCAACGACGUUAUUCAUACUGCAAUUGAAGUUGUCAGCUCUUUGCCACCAUUAUCUUUAGCAAAUGAAAGCAAGAUUCCUCCAAUGGGUUUGGACUGCUUAUCACAAGUGACAACAUUUCUUAAAGGAGUAACUAUUCCCAAUUCUGGGGCAGACACUUUAGGUCGCAGAUUAGCUUCUGAGUUGCUACUUGGUUUAGCAGCUCAGCGAGGCUCUUUGCGGUACCUUCUUGAAUGGAUAGAAAUGGCUUUGGGGGCUUCAGCGGUUGUAAAUUCCAUGGAGAAAAGCAAACUACUAUCAAGCCAGGAAGGAAUGAUCAGCUUUGACUGCUUUAUGACUAUAUUAAUGCAGAUGAGGCGUUCUUUGGGUUCAUCUGCUGAUCGAAGUCAGUGGAGGGAACCAACCAGAACAUCUGAUGGCUUGUGCUCACUCUAUGAGGCAGCUUUAUGUCUCUUUGAAGAGGUUUGCAGAAUGGCUUCUGAUUACUCAAGAACGUGUGCUAGCCCAGAUAGCAUUCAGACUGGUGACACUCCCAUUGUCUCAGAAACCUGUGAGGUCUAUGUUUGGGGGAGCAAUAGCAGCCAUCAGUUGGUGGAAGGCACACAGGAGAAAAUACUACAGCCCAAACUGGCUCCCAGUUUCUCUGAUGCUCAAACUAUUGAAGCUGGGCAAUACUGCACUUUUGUUAUUUCUACGGAUGGCUCUGUCAGAGCUUGUGGUAAAGGCAGCUAUGGAAGACUGGGCCUUGGAGAUUCUAAUAAUCAGUCCACUUUAAAGAAGUUAACAUUUGAACCUCACAGGUCCAUUAAAAAGGUUUCAUCUUCUAAAGGAUCUGAUGGUCACACUUUAGCUUUUACAACAGAAGGAGAAGUCUUCAGUUGGGGAGAUGGUGAUUAUGGGAAACUGGGACAUGGAAAUAGUUCAACACAGAAAUAUCCUAAGCUUAUUCAGGGCCCUCUGCAGGGAAAGGUAGUUGUUUGUGUGUCUGCUGGAUACAGACAUAGUGCUGCUGUCACAGAGGAUGGUGAAUUAUACACAUGGGGUGAAGGAGACUUUGGAAGAUUAGGUCACGGUGACAGUAAUAGCCGUAACAUUCCAACAUUAGUGAAAGACAUUAGCAACGUAGGAGAGGUUUCUUGUGGCAGUUCACAUACUAUUGCUUUGUCUAAAGAUGGGAGAACUGUAUGGUCUUUUGGAGGAGGAGACAAUGGCAAACUUGGCCAUGGCGAUACUAACAGAGUGUAUAAACCUAAAGUUGUUGAAGCUUUACAAGGAAUGUUCAUUCGCAAAGUUUGUGCUGGGAGCCAGUCUUCACUUGCUUUAACAUCAACAGGGCAGGUCUAUGCUUGGGGCUGUGGAGCUUGUCUGGGUUGUGGUUCUUCAGAAGCUACUGCUUUGAGACCCAAGCUUAUUGAAGAACUGGCUGCCACAAGAAUAGUUGAUAUUUCUAUUGGAGACAGUCAUUGUUUGGCUCUUUCUCAUGAUAAUGAAGUUUAUGCCUGGGGCAAUAAUUCAAUGGGGCAGUGUGGCCAAGGAAAUUCCACGGGUCCUAUUACUAAACCAAAGAAAGUGAGUGGCUUAGAUGGCAUAGCUAUUCAGCAGAUUUCUGCUGGAACUUCACAUAGUCUGGCAUGGACUGCUCUUCCUAGGGAUAGACAAGUUGUUGCGUGGCACCGACCUUAUUGUGUAGAUCUUGAAGAGAGUACCUUCUCACACCUGCGUUCUUUCCUUGAGAGAUACUGUGAUAAAAUAAACAGUGAGGUUCCCCCACUCCCUUUCCCUUCAUCAAGGGAACACCACAGUUUCCUCAAGCUGUGCCUGAAGCUGCUUUCAAAUCACCUUGCUCUUGCGCUUGCGGGAGGGGUAGCUACCAGCAUUCUUGGGAGACAGGCAGGUCCACUUCGAAAUUUGCUCUUCAGACUGAUGGAUUCAACUGUCCCAGAUGAAAUUCAAGAGGUGGUAAUUGAAACUCUGUCAGUGGGAGCAACCAUGCUAUUACCGCCAUUACGAGAACGUAUGGAGUUACUUCAUUCUCUUUUGCCCCAAGGACCUGAUAGAUGGGAAAGCUUAUCUAAAGGACAGAGAAUGCAACUGGAUAUCAUUCUGACAAGUUUACAAGAUCAUACCCAUGUAGCUUCCUUACUUGGCUAUAGCUCACCUUCUGAUGCUGCUGACCUCUCUUCUGUUUGUACUGGCUAUGGAAACCUGUCAGAUCAACCUUAUGGCACUCAGAGCUGCCAUCCAGACACUCAUCUGGCUGAAAUUUUGAUGAAAACUCUCUUAAGAAAUUUAGGAUUUUAUACAGAUCAAGCAUUUGGAGAGCUAGAAAAGAAUAGUGAUAAAUUUCUACUUGGAACAUCAUCUUCGGAAAACAGUCAGCCUGCUCAUCUUCAUGAACUCCUGUGUUCACUGCAGAAACAACUGCUGGCAUUUUGCCAUAUCAAUAACAUUAGUGAGAACUCAAGCAGCGUGGCAUUGCUUCAUAAACACCUUCAGCUCUUGUUGCCUCAUGCCACAGAUAUUUAUUCACGUUCGGCAAAUUUGCUCAAGGAAAGUCCUUGGAAUGGCAGUGUUGGAGAAAAAUUAAGAGAUGUGAUAUACGUCUCAGCUGCAGGGAGUAUGCUCUGCCAGAUUGUUAACUCCCUACUGUUACUCCCUGUGUCGGUGGCACGGCCUCUCUUGAGUUACCUCCUCGACUUGCUGCCACCUCUUGAUUGCCUUAACAGACUCCUGCCAGCUGCCGCUCUUUUAGAAGACCAAGAGUUACAGUGGCCUCUUCAUGGAGGACCGGAACUGAUUGAUCCUGCCGGCAUGCCGUUACCUCAGCCAGCUCAGUCCUGGGUGUGGCUUGUGGAUCUGGAAAGAACGAUUGCUCUCCUUAUUGGGCGGUGUCUUGGUGGUAUGCUUCAGGGCUCCCCUGUGUCUCCAGAGGAACAGGACACCGCAUAUUGGAUGAAAACACCACUUUUUAGUGAUGGUGUAGAAAUGGACACCCCUCAGUUAGAUAAAUGUAUGAGUUGCCUGCUAGAAGUAGCUCUUUCGGGAAAUGAAGAACAGAAGCCUUUUGAUUAUAAACUGCGGCCUGAAAUUGCUGUCUAUGUAGACUUGGCAUUGGGUUGUUCAAAAGAGCCUGCUCGAAGUCUUUGGAUAAGCAUGCAGGAUUAUGCUGUUAGUAAAGAUUGGGACAGUGCAACUUUAAGUAACGAGUCACUCUUGGACACUGUGUCUAGAUUUGUUCUUGCAGCCCUUCUGAAACAUACAAAUUUACUUAGCCAAGCAUGUGGAGAAAGCCGAUAUCAGCCUGGUAAAAGCUUGUCAGAAGUGUACCGUUGUGUGUACAAAGUUCGAAGUCGUUUACUUGCUUGCAAGAACCUUGAACUUAUUCAGACCAGGUCAUCAUCACGAGACAGAUGGAUCUCGGAAAACCAGGACUCUGCAGAUGUUGAUCCUCAGGAGCAUUCGUUUACCCGGACCAUUGAUGAAGAAGCUGAAAUGGAAGAACAGGCUGAGCGAGACCGGGAAGAGGGGCAUCCCGAGCCAGAGGAUGAAGAAGAAGAACGGGAACAUGAAGUGAUGACAGCUGGCAAAAUCUUUCAGUGUUUCCUCUCAGCCCGUGAAGUAGCUCGUAGCCGAGAUCGAGAUAGAAUGAACAGUGGGGCAGGGUCUGGGGCUCGAGCUGAUGAUCCACCUCCCCAGUCUCAGCAAGAGCGAAGGGUCAGCACAGACCUUCCUGAGGGUCAGGAUGUGUACACCGCUGCCUGCAACUCUGUGAUCCAUCGGUGUGCCCUGUUAAUAUUAGGAGUAAGUCCUGUGAUUGAGGAGCUUCAGAAGCGGAAGGAAGAAGGACAGUUGCAGCAGCCUUCAACAAGUGCCUCUGAAGGGGGUGGACUUAUGACCAGGAGUGAAAGUCUUACUGCAGAGAGCCGGCUAGUCCAUGCAAGUCCAAAUUAUAGACUGAUCAAAUCGAGGAGUGAAUCUGAUUUGUCUCAGCCUGAAUCAGAUGAAGAGGGUUACGCGCUGAGUGGAAGACGAAAUGUUGAUUUGGAUUUGGCAUCAUCUCAUAGAAAGAGAGGUCCUAUGCACAGUCAAUUGGAAUCCUUGAGUGACUCUUGGGCUCGCCUGAAACAUAGCAGAGACUGGUUAUGCAACUCCUCUUAUUCCUUUGAGUCUGAUUUUGAUCUUACCAAGUCUUUGGGAGUUCACACUUUGAUCGAAAAUGUUGUAAGCUUUGUGAGUGGAGAUGUGGGGAAUGCUCCAGGUUUUAAAGAGCCAGAGGAAAGUAUGUCUACGAGUCCCCAGGCCUCUAUCAUUGCAAUGGAACAGCAGCAGUUAAGGGCAGAACUACGUUUAGAAGCACUUCACCAGAUCCUCGUUCUUUUGUCUGGGAUGGAGGAAAAAGGAAGCAUCUCUCUGACAGGAAGCAGAUCAAACUUGGGCUUCCAGUCAUCCACACUGCUCACGUCUGUGAGGCUGCAGUUUCUAGCAGGGUGUUUUGGUUUAGGCACUGUGGGACAUGCAGGAGCCAAAGGAGAGAGUGGCCGAUUGCAUCACUAUCAGGAUGGGAUCAGAGCAGCUAAAAGAAAUAUUCAGAUUGAAAUCCAGGUGGCUGUGCAUAAGAUUUAUCAACAGUUGUCUGCUACCCUAGAGAGAGCUCUACAGGCAAAUAAGCAUCACAUUGAAGCCCAGCAACGUCUCCUUUUGGUUACAGUUUUUGCUCUGAGCGUUCACUAUCAACCAGUGGAUGUUUCUUUGGCAAUUUCCACUGGUCUGCUAAACGUAUUGUCGCAGUUGUGUGGUACAGACACCAUGCUGGGACAGCCUCUGCAGUUACUGCCAAAGACGGGUGUUUCUCAGCUUAGUACAGCUUUAAAAGUGGCUAGUACAAGAUUGCUCCAAAUUCUAGCUAUCACUACAGGGACUUACGCUGAUAAACUGAGCCCCAAAGUAGUUCAGUCCUUGUUGGAUCUACUCUGUAGUCAGUUGAAGAAUUUGUUGUCCCAAGCUGGUGUACUACUUAUGGCCUCUUUUGGAGAAGGGGAAGGAGAAGAGGGUGAAGAAGAAGAAAGAAAAGUUGACUCCAGUGGAGAAACUGAGAAGAGAGAUUUCAGAGCUGCUCUUAGGAAACAACAUGCAGCAGAACUGCAUCUGGGGGAUUUUUUAGUUUUUCUUCGCAGAGUUGUAUCUUCAAAAGCAAUUCAAUCAAAAAUGGCUUCCCCAAAAUGGACAGAGGUGCUUCUAAACAUAGCAUCUCAGAAGUGUUCUUCAGGUAUUCCUCUUGUUGGUAACCUAAGAACAAGGCUCCUUGCACUUCAUGUCCUUGAGGCUGUGCUACCAGCUUGUGAAUCUGGCGUAGAAGAUGAUCAAAUGGCUCAGGUUGUUGAACGCCUCUUUUCCCUUCUGUCGGACUGUAUGUGGGAGACACCCAUUGCUCAGGCCAAACAUGCUAUUCAGAUAAAGGAAAAAGAACAAGAAAUAAAGUUACAGAAGCAGGGAGAGUUAGAGGAAGAAGAUGAGAAUCUUCCUAUACAAGAAGUAUCCUUUGAUCCAGAGAAAGCUCAGUGUUGUCUAGUGGAGAAUGGACAGAUUUUAACUCAUGGCAGUGGAGGAAAAGGAUAUGGAUUGGCAUCAACUGGAGUAACUUCUGGAUGCUAUCAGUGGAAGUUUUACAUUGUGAAGGAAAACAGAGGUAAUGAAGGCACGUGUGUUGGAGUUUCUCGCUGGCCAGUACAUGACUUUAACCACCGUACUACCUCCGAUAUGUGGCUGUACCGGGCCUACAGUGGUAACCUCUAUCACAAUGGAGAACAGACUCUGACGUUGUCCAGUUUUACUCAAGGAGAUUUCAUUACCUGUGUGUUAGACAUGGAAGCCAGAACCAUUUCCUUUGGGAAAAAUGGAGAGGAACCCAAAUUGGCUUUUGAAGAUGUGGACGCAGCAGAGUUAUACCCGUGUGUAAUGUUCUAUAGUAGCAACCCAGGGGAGAAGGUGAAAAUUUGUGAUAUGCAAAUGCGUGGGACACCACGAGACUUACUUCCAGGAGACCCUAUUUGUAGUCCAGUAGCAGCAGUGCUGGCGGAGGCCACUAUUCAGCUUAUCCGUAUCCUUCACCGAACAGACCGUUGGACUUACUGCAUUAACAAAAAAAUGAUGGAAAGGCUGCAUAAAAUUAAGAUAUGUAUUAAAGAGUCAGGUCAGAAGCUAAAGAAAAGCCGCUCGGUUCAAAGCCGAGAGGAAAAUGAAAUGAGAGAGGAGAAGGAAAGCAAAGAGGAAGAGAAAGGUAAACAUAAUAGACAUGGCCUUGCUGACCUCUCAGAGCCGCAGCUGAGGACCCUUUGCAUAGAGGUGUGGCCUGUGCUGGCAGUGAUAGGAGGAGUUGAUGCUGGUCUUAGAGUUGGAGGUCGGUGUGUUCACAAGCAAACUGGGCGCCAUGCCACGCUGCUGGGAGUGGUCAAAGAGGGCAGCACGUCUGCUAAGGUCCAAUGGGAUGAAGCAGAAAUUACCAUCAGCUUCCCAACUUUUUGGUCGCCUAGUGAUACUCCAUUGUAUAAUCUGGAGCCCUGUGAACCAUUGCCUUUUGAUGUGGCGCGAUUCCGAGGCCUGACGGCUUCUGUGUUGCUGGACCUCACAUAUCUGACUGGUAUUCAUGAAGACAUGGGCAAACAGAGCACCAAGCGACAUGAAAAGAAACACCGACAUGAGUCUGAGGAGAAAGGAGAUGUUGAGCAGAAAACCGAGAGUGAAUCUGCUUUAGAUACGCGAACAGGCUUAACAUCCGAUGAUGUCAAAAAUCAGGGUACCACAGCCUCCAAAUCCGAAAACGAAAUAGCUUCAUUUUCUUUAGACCCAACACUGCCAAGUGUGGAAUCCCAACAUCAGAUAACAGAAGGAAAAAGAAAAAAUCACGAACACAUAUCCAAAAACCAUGACAUAGCCCAAUCAGAAAUCAGAGCAGUCCAACUGUCCUAUCUCUACCUCGGUGCUAUGAAAUCACUUAGUGCUCUUCUUGGCUGUAGUAAAUAUGCUGAGCUGUUGCUGAUACCAAAAGUUCUGGCUGAAAAUGGCCAUAACUCAGACUGUGCAAGCUCUCCGGUUGUUCAUGAAGAUGUGGAGAUGCGAGCAGCCUUGCAGUUCCUGAUGCGACACAUGGUGAAGCGAGCCGUCAUGCGGUCGCCCAUAAAGAGAGCGUUGGGAUUAGCUGAUCUGGAACGAGCUCAAGCCAUGAUCUACAAAUUGGUGGUCCAUGGGCUCCUGGAAGACCAGUUUGGGGGCAAAAUUAAGCAAGAGAUUGAUCAACAAGCUGAAGAAAGUGACCAAGCCCAGCAGGCACAAACACCAGUUACCACUAGCCCAUCAGCCUCGAGCACAACUUCCUUUAUGAGCAGCUCGCUGGAAGACACCACGACUGCCACCACUCCAGUCACUGACACAGAAACAGUACCUGCAUCUGAAUCCCCAGGAGUGAUGCCACUUAGUCUUCUCAGGCAAAUGUUCUCUAGUUACCCAACUACCACUGUACUUCCCACACGUCGUGCACAGACUCCUCCAAUAUCAUCGUUACCAACCUCUCCUUCUGAUGAAGUAGGAAGAAGGCAAAGCUUAACUUCUCCUGAUUCCCAGUCAGCAAGGCCAGCUAACCGCACAGCCUUGUCAGACCCAAGCAGCAGACUCUCAACUUCUCCUCCUCCUCCAGCAAUUGCAGUACCCUUGCUGGAGAUGGGGUUCUCUCUCCGGCAGAUUGCCAAAGCCAUGGAAGCCACAGGUGCUCGAGGAGAGGCUGAUGCCCAGAACAUCACUGUCCUUGCCAUGUGGAUGAUAGAGCACCCUGGGCAUGAGGAUGAGGAGGAACCCCAGCCAGGCAGCACAGCUGACUCAAGACACGGAGCAGCUGUCCUAGGCAGUGGUGGGAAGUCAAAUGAUCCCUGUUAUUUGCAGUCACCAGGAGACAUACCAUCAGCUGAUGCUGCUGAAAUGGAAGAAGGCUUUAGUGAAAGCGCUGAUAAUCUGGACCAUGCAGAGAAUGCAGCUUCUGGAAGUGGACCACCAGCUAGGGGUCGCUCAGCAGUAACAAGAAGGCACAAGUUUGAUUUAGCUGCUCGCACAUUGCUAGCAAGAGCAGCGGGGUUAUACCGCUCUGUGCAGGCCCACAGGAAUCAAAGUCGGAGAGAAGGAAUAUCUUUGCAACAAGACCCAGGGGCGUUGUAUGACUUUAAUUUAGAUGAGGAAUUGGAAAUUGAUCUUGAUGAUGAAGCAAUGGAAGCUAUGUUUGGACAAGACCUGACCAGUGACAAUGAUAUUCUGGGAAUGUGGAUCCCAGAGGUACUGGAUUGGCCUACCUGGCAUGUUUGUGAGUCUGAAGACAGGGAAGAAGUGGUGGUGUGUGAACUGUGUGAGUGCAGUGUCGUCAGCUUCAACCAGCACAUGAAGAGAAAUCACCCAGGCUGUGGGCGCAGUGCAAACCGCCAGGGCUAUCGCAGCAACGGCUCCUAUGUGGAUGGCUGGUUCGGUGGUGAAUGUGGGAGUGGAAAUCCAUACUACCUGCUCUGCGGCAGUUGCAGGGAAAAGUACUUAGCCCUGAAGACCAAAUCCAAGACAACAAGUUCUGAAAGGUACAAGGGACAAGCUCCAGAUCUAAUUGGCAAGCAGGACAGUGUGUAUGAAGAAGACUGGGACAUGUUAGAUGUUGAUGAAGAUGAAAAGCUAACAGGUGAAGAAGAAUUUGAAUUACUUGCUGGACCACUUGGUUUAAAUGACCGACGCAUUGUACCAGAACCAGUUCAGUUCCCUGACAGUGAUCCCUUGGGAGCAUCAGUAGCAAUGGUAACAGCUACCAACAGUAUGGAAGAGACUCUAAUGCAAAUAGGUUGCCAUGGCUCUGUAGAAAAGAGUUCCUCUGGAAGAAUAACACUAGGUGAGCAGGCCGCUGCCUUAGCGAACCCUCACGACCGGGUGGUGGCUUUAAGGAGAGUGACUGCUGCUGCUCAGGUUCUUCUGGCAAGAACCAUGGUAAUGAGAGCUCUGUCUCUUCUCUCGGUCAGUGGUUCCAGCUGUAGCCUGGCUGCUGGCCUGGAGUCUCUGGGGCUUACAGAUAUCCGAACACUGGUUCGGUUAAUGUGCUUGGCCGCAGCAGGGAGAGCUGGCCUUUCUACCAGCCCUUCUGCCAUGGCAAGCACCUCAGAACGCUCACGAGGCGGGCACAGCAAGGCCAGUAAGCCCAUCUCUUGCCUGGCCUAUCUGAGCACAGCAGUGGGAUGUCUGGCAUCAAACACUCCUAGUGCUGCCAAACUCCUGGUGCAGUUGUGUACACAGAACUUGAUUUCUGCUGCAACAGGUGUAAAUCUAACCACGGUUGAUGAUCCAAUUCAGCGAAAGUUUCUACCCAGCUUUCUCCGAGGAAUUGCUGAAGAGAAUAAGCUUGUAACCUCCCCAAACUUUGUUGUAACUCAGGCCCUUGUGGCAUUACUAGCAGACAAGGGGGCCAAACUGAGACCUAACUAUGAUAAAUCUGAAGUUGAAAAGAAAGGCCCUCUGGAGCUGGCUAAUGCCCUGGCAGCCUGUUGCCUCUCCUCCAGGCUGUCCUCACAGCAUAGGCAAUGGGCUGCUCAACAGCUUGUGCGCACUCUUGCUGCACAUGACCGCGACAACCAAACUACUCCCCAAACACUCGCUGAUAUGGGAGGAGAUCUCAGGAAAUGCUCCUUUAUCAAGUUGGAGGCUCAUCAAAACAGAGUGAUGACUUGUGUUUGGUGUAAUAAAAAAGGACUUUUGGCUACAAGUGGCAAUGAUGGUACCAUCCGGGUAUGGAAUGUUACUAAGAAGCAAUAUUCACUGCAACAAACCUGUGUGUUCAACAGAUUAGAAGGAGAUGCUGAGGAGAGCCUGGGGUCACCCAGUGAUCCAAGUUUCUCACCUGUUUCCUGGAGUAUCAGUGGCAAAUAUCUAGCUGGGGCCUUGGAAAAGAUGGUGAAUAUUUGGCAAGUUAAUGGAGGUAAAGGAUUAGUAGAUAUUCAGCCUCAUUGGGUAUCUGCCCUGGCUUGGCCAGAAGAGGGUCCAGCUACAGCCUGGUCAGGAGAGUCUCCAGAAUUAUUGUUGGUGGGACGGAUGGAUGGCUCUCUAGGACUGAUAGAAGUUGUUGAUGUAUCCACCAUGCACCGUCGAGAAUUGGAACAUUGCUAUCGAAAAGAUGUGUCUGUAACUUGCAUUGCUUGGUUCAGUGAAGACAGACCAUUUGCAGUAGGAUUUUUUGAUGGAAAAUUGUUACUGGGAACGAAGGAACCACUUGAGAAAGGAGGCAUUGUUCUAAUUGAUGCACAUAAGGAUACUCUUGUUAGUAUGAAGUGGGACCCAACAGGUCAUAUUCUUAUGACAUGUGCCAAAGAAGAAAAUGUGAAACUCUGGGGGCCUAUUUCAGGAUGCUGGCGCUGUCUACAUUCACUCUGCCAUCCAUCUAUUGUAAAUGGCAUUGCUUGGUGCAGCCUCCCAGGGAAAGGAUCCAAAUUGCAUUUACUGAUGGCUACUGGCUGUCAGAGUGGCUUGGUAUGUGUUUGGCGUAUUCCACAAGAUACCACACAGACCAGUGUGACUAGUUCAGAAGGAUGGUGGGACCAGGAGUCAAAUUGCCAGGAUGGAUAUAGGAAAUCAGCCGGAGCCAAAUGUGUUUAUCAGCUGCGGGGACACAUCACCCCUGUCCGGACUGUUGCCUUUAGUUCUGAUGGGUUGGCCCUCGUGUCUGGUGGACUAGGUGGGCUCAUGAACAUUUGGUCUUUAAGGGAUGGCUCUGUCUUGCAAACUGUAGUGAUAGGCUCUGGAGCUAUUCAGACCACAGUAUGGAUUCCAGAUGUCGGGGUAGCUGCUUGCUCAAAUAGAUCGAAGGAUGUUUUGGUCGUGAAUUGUACAGCAGAAUGGGCUGCCGCCAAUCAUGUUUUAGCAACCUGUAGGACAGCACUGAAACAGCAGGGUGUUCUGGGAUUAAAUAUGGCUCCCUGCAUGAGAGCAUUUCUGGAGCGGCUACCCAUGAUGCUUCAGGAGCAGUAUGCCUAUGAAAAGCCUCAUGUGGUUUGUGGCGAUCAGCUUGUUCAUAGCCCCUACAUGCAGUGUCUGGCUUCCCUCGCUGUGGGACUGCAUUUGGAUCAGCUGUUAUGUAACCCUCCAGUGCCACCACACCACCAGAACUGCCUCCCUGACCCAGCAUCCUGGAAUCCAAAUGAGUGGGCCUGGUUAGAAUGUUUCUCAACCACCAUAAAAGCUGCUGAAGCCCUGACCAACGGAGCACAAUUUCCAGAAUCUUUUACUGUUCCUGAUCUAGAGCCUGUUCCAGAGGAUGAGCUUACAUUCCUAAUGGAUAACAGUAAAUGGAUUAAUGGCAUGGAUGAACAAAUUAUGUCUUGGGCAACAUCCAGACCUGAGGACUGGCACUUGGGAGGUAAAUGUGAUGUCUACCUGUGGGGUGCUGGCAGGCAUGGACAGCUUGCAGAAGCUGGAAGAAAUGUUAUGGUACCUGCAGCAGCUCCCUCAUUCUCACAGGCCCAACAGGUCAUAUGUGGUCAGAAUUGUACUUUUGUCAUCCAGGCCAAUGGCACAGUGUUGGCUUGUGGGGAAGGAAGUUAUGGCAGAUUGGGGCAAGGAAAUUCAGAUGACCUUCAUGUGCUGACAGUUAUUUCAGCCUUACAAGGAUUUGUGGUGACCCAGCUGGUGACAUCUUGUGGUUCUGAUGGUCACUCAAUGGCCCUGACUGAAAGUGGUGAGGUCUUUAGCUGGGGAGAUGGCGAUUAUGGCAAACUCGGCCACGGGAACAGCGACAGGCAGCGGCGCCCCAGGCAGAUCGAGGCCUUACAAGGAGAAGAAGUGGUGCAGAUGUCUUGUGGCUUCAAGCACUCAGCAGUGGUAACUUCAGACGGCAAACUGUUCACUUUUGGGAAUGGUGACUACGGUCGUCUGGGUCUUGGAAACACCUCUAACAAAAAACUACCAGAGAGAGUGACUGCACUGGAGGGAUAUCAGAUUGGACAGGUGGCCUGUGGUUUAAACCACACUUUGGCAGUAUCAGCAGACGGCUCCAUGGUGUGGGCUUUUGGAGAUGGGGACUAUGGAAAACUAGGCUUAGGAAAUUCUACUGCAAAAUCUUCCCCUCAGAAAGUUGAUGUCCUUUGUGGAAUUGGAAUAAAAAAGGUUGCUUGUGGAACUCAGUUUUCUGUUGCAUUAACCAAAGAUGGUCAUGUGUAUACCUUUGGUCAAGAUCGCUUGAUAGGCUUGCCAGAGGGGCGUGCUCGCAAUCAUAACCGACCACAACAGAUCCCUGUGCUGGCUGGAGUGGUCAUCGAAGAUGUGGCAGUUGGAGCUGAGCACACUCUUGCUUUGGCAUCAACUGGAGAUGUGUAUGCCUGGGGGAGCAAUUCAGAAGGGCAGCUUGGCUUAGGCCACACCAACCAUGUUCGAGAACCAACCCUGGUAACAGUCCUGCAAGGGAAAAAUGUCCGGCAGAUCUCAGCUGGCCGCUGCCACAGUGCUGCAUGGACAGCGCCACCUGUCCCGCCAAGAGCACCCGGUGUGUCGGUACCUCUGCAGCUGGGCCUGCCCGAUGCGGUCCCCCCCCAGUAUGGGGCGCUGAGGGAGGUGAGCAUUCACACUGCAAGGGCCAGGCUCCGGCUGCUCUACCAUUUCUCUGACCUCAUGUACUCAUCCUGGAGGCUACUGAACCUCAGCCCCAACAACCAGAACAGUACAUCCCAUUAUAAUGCUGGAACAUGGGGCAUUGUACAGGGACAGCUUCGGCCUUUGUUAGCUCCAAGGGUCUACACUCUGCCAAUGGUGCGCUCCAUAGGGAAAACCAUGGUUCAAGGCAAAAACUAUGGACCUCAAAUUACUGUGAAGAGGAUAUCAACCAGAGGACGGAAGUGUAAGCCCAUCUUUGUUCAGAUAGCAAGACAAGUAGUAAAGCUGAAUGCAUCAGACCUCCGUCUGCCCUCACGAGCGUGGAAGGUUAAGCUGGUUGGUGAAGGGGCGGAUGAUGCUGGGGGAGUGUUUGAUGACACGAUCACAGAGAUGUGCCAGGAACUUGAAACUGGUAUUGUUGACCUUCUUAUACCCUCUCCCAAUGCUACUGCAGAAGUGGGCUACAAUAGGGAUAGGUUCCUUUUUAACCCCUCUGCCUGCCUUGACGAACACUUAAUGCAGUUUAAAUUCUUGGGGAUCUUGAUGGGGGUUGCCAUUCGCACAAAGAAGCCUCUGGACCUCCACUUGGCCCCUUUGGUGUGGAAGCAGCUGUGCUGUGUCCCACUCACCCUAGAAGACCUGGAGGAGGUGGAUCUGCUCUACGUGCAGACCCUCAACAGCAUUCUUCACAUUGAAGACAGUGGGAUUACCGAGGAAAGUUUCCAUGAGAUGAUUCCUCUUGAUUCUUUUGUUGGCCAAAGUGCUGAUGGCAAAAUGGUUCCCAUAAUCCCUGGUGGAAAUAGUAUCCCACUGACAUUUUCCAACAGGAAGGAGUAUGUGGAGAGGGCCAUUGAAUAUCGACUUCAUGAGAUGGACCGACAGGUGGCUGCAGUCCGAGAAGGGAUGUCCUGGAUCGUCCCUGUGCCGCUGCUGUCCCUCCUCACGGCAAAGCAGCUGGAGCAGAUGGUGUGUGGGAUGCCCGAGAUCUCCGUGGAAGUUCUGAAGAAAGUGGUGCGGUACCGGGAGGUGGACGAGCAGCACCAGCUGGUGCAGUGGUUCUGGCACACGCUGGAGGAGUUCUCGAACGAAGAGCGGGUGCUUUUCAUGAGGUUUGUGUCUGGAAGAUCUCGACUACCAGCCAACACUGCUGACAUAUCUCAGAGAUUUCAAAUCAUGAAGGUUGAUAGGCCUUAUGACAGUCUGCCUACCUCACAGACCUGCUUCUUCCAGCUGCGGCUGCCCCCCUACUCCAGCCAGCUGGUCAUGGCCGAGCGCCUGCGCUAUGCCAUCAACAACUGCCGCUCCAUCGACAUGGACAACUACAUGCUCUCGCGGAACGUGGACAACGCCGAGGGCUCCGACACCGACUACUGACCGCGCGGGGGGGCCACCAGCCCCUUUUCUCAGUGAUGCUCACUUCCAGUUUCACGUGGAUACACUUUUAUGGUAACUACAUAGAUGUUUUAGGAACAUAAACCGACAUUACAAACAGUGGCCACAU